CGCUGUGCAUUAUGGGCAUGGGCUCCUCCCCACGUGCCUGUGUGGAGCAUAGUCAACAUGGUACCGUUAGACUUCAGCUGUGCUAGCCCGAGUUAGAAACUACUCCUACCCCUCUACGCACCACACCUCUGGAGUCUUUGGGCACGAAUGAGAGAGCUAAAACGGCACAGCGAAACGUGCAGGUUGGCUAUCUGAAAUCUGCUGCCGCUCCUCACCUGCUUCAUCUCCUCUCGCUGUUCACAUCAAUAUGGCCAGUGGGGAUGAUGAUGACCCGAUUAUAGAAGAGAUUGAUGUGUACCUUGCCAAGAGCCUAGCAGAUAAGCUGUAUCUUUUCCAGUACCCUGUCCGGCCAUCCACUAUGACCUAUGAUGAUGUCAGCCACUUAACGGCUAAGAUCAAACCCAAGCAGCAAAGGGUGGAGUUGGAAAUGGCAAUCAACACAAUGAGUCCGAAUUACUGUCGCAGCAAAGGAGAGCAGAUAGCUCUCAACGUGGAUGGCACGUCUUAUGACGAGACCAACACCUAUUCAGCGAAAAUGAUGGAUAAACAGACCUUUUCCUCCAUUCAGGCCACCACCAACACCUCCAGAUAUGCUGUUGCUGUUUUUCGCAAAGGUGAGCUGCAUGUCACACCUCUGACAGGAAUCCUCCAGAUGAGACCCAGCUUCUCUUACCUUGACAAGGCUGACAGCAAAAUCAGAGAGAGGGAGGCAGCCAACGAGGGUGGAGAUUCCUCACAGGAUGAAGCUGAGGAGGAGGCCAAGGCCAUCACGGUGAGGUUUGCUCGUCCCGAGUCGGAGCAGGCCCGGCAGAGGAGGAUCCAGUCGUACGAGUUCCUCCAGAAGAAGCAGGCCGAGGAGCCCUGGGUUCACCUGCACUACCACGGUGCCAAGGAUGGGCGUUCAGAGCAUGAAAGGCAGUACCUGUUCUGUCAGUCAGUGGAUGCCUCAGAUAACUCUGAACUGGUCAAAACUCCUAAAGAAUACCUGGCGAUGCUGAUGCCCCCACUCGCAGAGGAAAAAGUUGUGAAGCCUGUUGGUCCCAGUAAUGUCCUCUCCAUGGCCCAGCUCCGCACUCUGCCUCUGGCAGACCAAGUCAAGACCCUGAUGAAGAACGUCAAGGUGAUGCCGUUUGCUAACCUGAUGGGCCUGCUUGCUUCAGGCACCGACUCAACCUCAGCACUGCGCUGCAUCCAGCAGGUGGCGCUGCUGGUUCAGGGGAACUGGGUUGUUAAGAGUGAUGUUCUGUAUCCUAAAAACACCUGCAGUCCUCACAGCGGUGUCCCUGCUGAAGUGCUCUGUCGUGGCAGAGACUUUGUGAUGUGGAGGUUCACUCUCGAGCGCUCUGUGAUGAGAAAGGAGGUUACAUCCAUCAUCAAACUUCCUCCUGAGGAUGUGAAGGAGUUCCUGGAGCAUGUGGCGGCACCUCGAGUCAACCGGGGCUGGGAGUUCCUGUUGCCUACUGAUGUAGACUUCGUUAAAAAACACCCAGAUGUUGCCCACAGGCAACACAUGCUGUGGCUUGGCAUCCAGAGCAAGUUGGAAAAGGUGUUUAACUUCUCUAAAGAGGACUUUAUGCCAAAGAAUUCCCCUCAGCCUGAGCCGGUCCAUAUCAGCGGCGAGCAGCGUCUGAAGGUGGCUCAGGAGCGUGCACAAGAAAACCAGGAGUCCCUCCAGAAGGGCCUGGACACCAGGCGGGCGGGUGGCAGCGUCCACGUCAAACAGGAACCCGUCAGUGACAGGGAAGACGAACCUAUGGACACCUCCUCUUCCCUGUCUCCCUCCUCCAUCCUCAAUGGUUCUGUUAACGGAUACCCCAGUACCACCUCCCCUGGGUUUGAUCACACCAACGGUAACGGAGGGACUGCAGGAGCCCUGGAGCUGCAGGACUUUGUGAUAAAGACUUUCAGGAAGCAUUUUGUACUGACGCUGAAUGAGUUUAAGAGGCUUUUUAACCUCCACCUGGCUUCCAUGCCGGUGGGUCGGAGCGUCUUCCACUCCAUCUCGGACCACAUGCUGACAGAUGCCAUGGUGCUCAGCCAUUGCAAACAGAUAAUGGUGCCUUUUCCUGCUCAGAGCAAAGCGGCCCCUGAUGAACAGAAGGUGUUUGGUUUGUGGGAGAGUGGAGACGAAUUCGACAAGCACCGUCGGCUGCUUUAUGACCUGUUCACGAAGAACUACCGGGUCAGGAGGAACAUGGUACAAGCCAGACUGGCGCAGGAUCUCGGAGACGUCCCCAAAGCGGACAUUGACCGGCUGCUGAAUGAGUGCUGCAGCAGCCACGCAGGGAUGUGGUACCUCAAGGGAACGAUACAGUCCUGACACUGAGAGCCUGACCCCACCCUCUCCACCCCAUCCCCGCGUUCACCGUCAGUGAGCCAGAUCUCCCUCCCUCCCUCCUCUCCCAGGUGUCCAGCGGGAGGGCAAGUCAGACAGAUGAGAGCCAGUCACAGCUCGUCCAGCUCCGAGGACAAAGGUCUCAGCCGUCUGCUCUGCUCAGAACAUGAAGCUUUCUCGAAGCUACGGCUGAAGCAUUUCUGACAUUAACAUGAGCGCUCUGACGCAGCGCCGAGGUUAGACACUCCUCACAUACUCGCACUAAAAGCUGGAGUGUCUGAGGGGGGAAAUGCGAUAAUUAAGAGAAAAAAGAAGAAAUAGCAGGAUAUACUUACAGUUUCUUAGUAGAUUUUUGGAUUUAUGACCUCACGUUUGUUUGUUUUUGAAUUUUACCAGAUCAGGAUGGUGUUUACUAUUUUCAUUUUACUCCUGAUUUGUAAGUUUUGCCAGAGAAAAUGUGUUUUGCUUUGCCGUACCUUCAGCAAAGCAAACGCUGUUUAAGGCCUUUGCGGGUAGAAAACCUUAAAGAGGCAAACCUGAUUUAUUUUUCAUCCGGAUCUGACUUUGUUAAGCAGCAUCAACUUUAAUAGAAUAUUUACUCCGUCGCCAAAUGAAAAGGCGUGAGCUUUAAGAUCGGAUGACACUGUUAAUUUAAUUAAACACGUGUGACAGCACUUGAAGAGACAAGAAACCUGAAACAAAAAGGGCAAAAACAAAAAGGAUGCAAAAACAAAGAAGUCAUUUGUGCUCAUGUUGUGCAGUUGAACAUUUUUUUUUCUUCAGGCAAUCCUGGACCUAAAAACAUCAAUCGAACAUUGAAUGUGACUUUUCCCACAUUUCUGUAUCACUCAGUUGAAUGCGCACUGAGACUUAAAGUUAGAGAAUAGGUGGGUUAAAUGGUUUGUGUCUGGUUGAGUUUCAAAUGGUUUUCCUUUUAUGAAAGAGAAGAAUAAAGAUUCAGUUUUGAA